UAAUACCAUUAGAAAAUGUCCUAUAAAUUAUUAUUGAAAGCUUUUUGAGUGAACAGAAAAAGAAAAAAAGAAAAGGCAUGAAAUGGUCCUUUGAACAAAGUUUCUGCGACAUUGCUAAUCUUUUUAGUCAUCUGGGGCUGAUAAGCAACAUUUAAAUCCCCUUGUAACGUAACCUCAACAUAUAUAUAUAUAUAUAUAUUUAUAUAUUUAUCAAAAAAACAUAUAUAUAUAUAUAUGUAGAGAGAGAGAGAGGCUAUGAUCCUAUGCAUUCACGGCCAUUUUCGUAUUCCCAGUCCCACACUGUUUAUUGUGCCAUUAAAGAAACAGACAUCCCUUUGACUGUCUCUCCCUCUUGGGUUUAGAGAGAAAGGGAAGAGAGAGAAAGUGUUUGUGCUCUGUCUCUCCUCUGCUUCAGCUGGAGAUUUGUCUCUCUGUUUUUUCUUUUUCUUUGUCAUCGUGUUCUCUGUGCAUGAAAACGGAGUUUUUAGUUUAAAAAUAUUUAUUGAAAAUGAAAUACAUUAGGACCAACAGCUUGAGAAGGCUCUUUUCACUCAAACGGCGAGGCUUGGAAGAAGAUGCUUCGAACCCAAAUGUGUUAGCUGGCGAAGAAAACAAUGAAAGCUUCAAGAGCGUUGGAGUAGCAGAGCCUUCUCAGAGACCCAUCUGGAAAUGCUUUUCUUAUGAAGAAAUUUCCGAUGCCACAAAUUGUUUUAGCUCAGAAAAUUUAGUUGGGAAAGGAGGCUAUGCAGAGGUAUACAGAGGAAUUCUUAAAAAUGGGGAUGAAAUUGCUGUGAAAAGGCUCACGAAAGCUGCUACUGAUGAAAGGAAAGAGAAAGAGUUCUUGACAGAGAUUGGAACAGUCGGCCACGUCUGCCAUCCAAACGUGAUGUCACUCAUGGGCUGUUGCAUUGACAGCGGGCUCUACCUCAUCUUCCAGUUUUCCUCCAGAGGCUCUGUUGCUUCCCUUCUUCAUGAUGAGAAUUUGCCACCUUUGGAAUGGAAAACAAGGUACAAAAUAGCCAUUGGAGCAGCUCGAGGGCUUCAUUACCUGCACAAGGAUUGCCAGAGAAGGAUAAUUCACAGGGACAUAAAGUCGUCCAAUAUUCUAUUGACUUCGGAUUUUGAACCUCUGAUUUCUGAUUUUGGACUAGCCAAAUGGCUUCCUUCUCAGUGGACUCAUCAUUCAAUUGCUCCGAUCGAAGGGACAUUUGGGCACUUAGCCCCAGAGUACUAUAUGCAUGGGAUUGUGGAUGAGAAAACAGAUGUUUUUGCUUUUGGAGUUUUUCUUUUGGAGAUGAUCUCAGGCAGGAAACCAGUAGAUGGGUCUCACCAGAGCUUGCAUAGCUGGGCCAAGCCAAUAUUGAAGGAAGGAGAAAAUGAGAAGUUGGUAGACCCCAGGCUCCAAGGGGCCUACGAUGUUACACAGCUGAAAAGACUUGCCUUUGCAGCAUCUCUAUGCAUUCGAGCUUCUUCGACGUGGAGGCCUACCAUGAGCAAGGUAUUGGAGGUGAUGGAAAAAGGAGGGGAAAUGGAUGAAGAAAAAUGGAAUGUGCCAGAGGAAGAAGAAGAUCAGGAUGAGUUCUGGGGUUUUGAGGAUCUAGAAUAUGAAUGUAACAGUUCUUUAUCAAUUUCUCCACGGGACUCAAUUUCAACAGGAAGUUUCUUAGAGUUAAGGGGUUUAGAUACCUGAUGAAUAACUGACUAUUUUUCAUCAACAUGUAAAUAUCAAAUCUUACGAUAUAAAGCAGUAAGAAAUAGAAAUAUUACUAUCA